AACAAGCAGCACAGGUCCCGGACUAUAACACCUGCCCAUAGCUGCUGCCAGUCACAGCAAUGUCUCUCCUAGCUUCCGGCGCUUCACCUCUGCACCGGAAGUUAUCACUGCCACUUCAGUCCGAUCCUUGGUGGUUUUUGAAUCAGAGUUGGGUGACUCGGACAUAAAAAAAAGAUAUACAGUGUACUCUACCAGCCCAGGAUCCUGAACAGUACCGCACAUGGUCGUGAGAGACGUCAUCCGCCCCGAAAGAAAACUAGAGAGAGAACUGGAACACAGUGAAUUGCCCCGAUUGUCAGGAGUAUACAUAAAGCGGCCAUUUUGUUGUGGACAGACGUGGCAAAUCCAUCCUACCAGUGGUUAUUCAUACUUCAGUUCCCAAAACCUUCUUUUGUAUAAGUGAUAACUCCCAGAAUCCUCUUCUGUCCAUGGAUGACUACAAUCCUCAGCAUGCCUUCUUUAAUUUCCUGUGUCACUGGGCAGUUGUAGAGGAGCUGUGUGUGACUCGGCUCUGAGCCUCCUGCAGAAGGUACCUCGUAUUUGAUUAGAUCCAUGAAGGCCUGAUUCCAUCUUUAAGGUCUUAAUGAUGGAGAACGGGAAGGGUCUCAUAACUAAGAGAAUAUUAGAUCUCACCUUGGAGAUCAUCUACAUACUUACUGGAGAGGAGUCCACAGUAGUGAAAAAGACAUCAGGAGAGCCAGUCACCCCGAGCAACUGCCCACAUAUGUCAGGAGUAUGGAACAGGACAAUGAGCCCCGUGAUGGAAGCAUCAUCUCUCUCGCUGAUACAUGAAAUUAACAAUGAGCAAAGGAUCCUAGACCUCACCAACAAGAUCAUUUGUCUGCUGACUGGAGAGGUUCCUAUAAGAUGUCAGGAUGUCACUGUCUAUUUCUCCAUGGAGGAGUGGGAGUAUAUAGAAGAACAUCAGGAUGUGUACAAGGACAUCAUGAUGGAGAAUCGCCAGCCUCUCAUAUCACUAGAUGAAUCCAGUUAUGAAAAUUCACCAAAGAGACGUCCCAGCCUUGUGAAUUUUCAGGAUGGUCCAGAUGAAAAUCACAUUGUCUCUCAGGACGAAGGUUUUGUUGGUAUUAAAGUUGAAGUUAUAGAAGGGUUGGAAGAAACUUAUGGGACAGGUGAUCUGCAGUCGGGAAAGAAGAACACCCCUACAAAUUCCAGUAAAGCAGCUGGCGUGACUGUCCAGAAUACUGUGGAGGGAUGUCUUUUUUUAUCUACAGAUUAUGAAAUAGAAGAUAAGAACAAUAUACAAGUUUCCCCAGAAAAUAACAUCUCGUUUAUUUAUCCAGCGUUUCAAAGCUCAGAGCUAUCAUCUGAUGCUUUUUUUUCUGAAAGAUGUAAUAUAAUUCUACCUGGCACACCUCAAAGACAAAAUAAUAUGUUUCCCUGUCCUGAAUGUGGCAAAUGUUUCAGCAAAAAAGUCAAUCUAGUUUCUCAUCUGAAGAGUCAUGUUGCAGAGAAACCAUAUUCCUGCUCUGAGUGUAGUAAAAGUUUCACACAUAAAUCGGUGCUAGUCAGGCACCAGAAAAUUCACUCUGGGGAGAAGCCGUUCGUAUGUUCUGAAUGCUGGAAGUGUUUUGUCCAGAAGUCUGAUCUAAUUUAUCAUCAGAGACUUCAUACAGGAGAGAAACCCUAUCCAUGUCCAGACUGUGGGAAAUGCUUCAGUCAUAGAUCAGUGCUUGUUCGUCAUCACAAAAUUCAUACUGGGGAGAAGCCUCAUGUUUGUCCUCGUUGUGGGAAGUCUUUCAUACAGAAAACUCAUCUGAAGAGACAUCAGAAAAUUCAUGUUCGGGAAAAGCCAUAUCUGUGCUUUGAUUAUGGGAAAGGCUUCAGCAAAAAAGCCGGCCUCGUGGCUCAUCCUCAGACUCACCAGGUUGACUGCACGUUCCCUUACUGUGAUUGUGCAAAAUGUUUCAUUCAGAGAUCUGAACUUUAUCAUCAGAGUCUUCACACAGGCUAAAAACCUGUUUCCGGAUUCUUCACAUGAAACGUGGUGUACAUAAAAAGAUUUCAUAUAGGCUAAUCGCUGCUUCCAGGUUCCUUUAUAUGAAAAAUGUUCUAGAUAUAGAGACUUCAUUUAGGCUGAGCCUGCAAUCAGCUUCUUUUACAUAGGAAAUGUUUUAGAUACAGAUACCUCAUUUAGGCUAAGCUGUACUUCCAGGUGACAUGUUAGACACCUGAGCUGUUGCUCUUGCAUUGUGACUAAUGGCUUAUUUACAUGUACCGACUGAGCAGGCAGUGAUCGGGACAAAACUGUAUCUUUCCAAUCAUUGCCUGCUCAUCAGAGGAGUUGUGAGCCACCUCCACUGUACGGAAUGAGUGAUGGCCAUUGCAGUCACUCAUGCCCAUACAGAUUCUUUGUUUGAAGCAUAUACAAUUAUUUGACCUGAUGAACAAGAGUUUGCUUAUUACAUGGGCCGAUUAUCAGGAUGAGCAUUUACAGUCUUCAUAUACCUUGUGACAGAAUUAGUUUCAUGUUAAAGAAGGUGUAGUAACCAAGGGAACUCUACUUAAAAUACACAACAAACCAAAAUAUUUCUACUGUUGCAGAGAAGAAAAAUAUUGGGUCCUUGUAGAUCAGUAAGAAUCAUUUUAACAGCAAUGCUAUCUUGGAAACUUUCCUAUAAUUUUCAGAUGCCAACAUGAACUCCUGUCUGGGACCACUGAAGCUCUCUGUGGAGCUUCAGAUAACUUCUUUUGAAGUUGGCAUGAAAUUUUUGGUGUAAGCAGAAUUAUUAGUAUUUUCUGAAGGUGCUAAUAUAGGACUUUUACUGUACACUUAAUAGUAGAAUGAGCACUUAAAAUGAUAUAUAUAGGUUUUUAUAUUGUCAAGAUGUGAAGUGAUUUCAACUUGAAGUAGAGAAAAGCGGAUAGCUUACUGGGUGGUACAGUGGUCAAGGUAACCAUACAACACCCGUGCAUGGGGCCUAUUUAGUUUAAGGCUCCUCAGAUGAUGGAUGCUGCUUUUUUGGCCCCUGAGCGAGUUCCAGGCAUCAGACUUGCAGCGUGAGUAUGCAGCAGCUUCCGUCCUGACCUCCCAGCACUGAGGGGGUCACAUAGCAUUAUAUUGAUUUAUGAUACUAUGUAACACUUAGGCUGGUUUUUUGUAAUGCGUUUUGCACUCGCGUGAGAAAAAUCGCGCAUGUUUUGUACCCAAACCCUGG